UGUGCACUGUAAUGGGUUGGUACUCUGAGCAGGGUGUCCCUUGCCUUGUGCCCUAAGUCCCCUGGCAUAGACUCCGUUUUGGAUAAGUGGUACAGAAAGUGGUUGGAUGGAUGAUUCUUUAUAUCACGAAACAAAUCAGUAGAUCAUUCAGAAAAAUGAAUUUCACCUCUGGAUGUACGUUUAUUUAUAUAUGAGUAUGGUGGGCUUUGUGUUUUAUAUAUCUUACUAUUACAUUUGUCAGCAUUCAAUUAUCCAUGCAUUCAUUAAUUUCCUCUGUAAGUAACCGAGUCACACUGUGUCUGUCUCUUUCAGCAGUGAUGAACAGCUCUGAUGAGACCAGGAUGGUGGAGUUUGACUCCAAUGUGACGCUGUUGCCGUACUACAUGCACUCAGCCAGAAUGGCACUCAGUUACGUGCUGUUGUACACACUCGUGUGUGUGGUGUGUGUUGGGGGCAACACGCUGGUGUUUGUGGUGGUCCUGACCAACAGGAACAUGCGCUCCGUCACCAACCUCUUCAUCCUCAACCUCGCCAUCAGCGACCUGUUGGUGGGCGUGGUCUGUGUGCCAAUCACGCUGAUCGACAACCUUAUCUCAGGUUGGCCGUUUAGUCAGACGACCUGCACUCUCAGUAAUCUCAUCCAGGGAACGUCUGUCUCUGCGUCCGUCUUCACGCUCGUCGCUAUUGCAGUGGACAGAUAUACAGGAAUUGUUUAUCCAUUUCGCCACCGCUUGAGGCGGGUCACUGCUGUCUUCGCCAUCGUCUUUAUCUGGCUUCUGGCGUUCGCCAUUAUUUUCCCUUCAUCCGCAACGCUGACCGUCAUCCAGCUGGAUGACAUGUACAUGGUGCAUGAAAACAAGAGUUAUCCACUGUUCGUGUGCUAUGAGGACUGGCCUCGCUCUGGCAUGAGACGCAUCUAUACCACCACCAUCUUUGUCCAUGUGUACGUCCUCCCCCUGGUGCUAAUCAGCAUCAUGUACGGCUGCAUUGCCUGUAAGCUGUCAGGAAAACUGCGGCAGAGCAGCAGGCGUCUAAAAGUGAUAAAGAUGUUGAUCACCGUGGCCGUGUUGUUCAUGGUGUUAUGGCUCCCGCUGUGGACGCUCAUGCUGUUGACGGACUAUCAGGAGCUGGAUGUCCAGCAGAUCGACUUUCUGAGCAGCUACUUGUUUCCUGUUGCACACUGGCUGGCGUUCUUCAACAGUGCCAUCAACCCAAUCAUCUAUGGAUUCUUCAACGAGAAUUUCCAGCGAGGUUUUCAGGCUGCCGUCUCCUGUCGACGGUAUGAUUCGCCGCCGCUUGUCUUUCAUCGCAGAAGAUUUGCGAAUAAAGUCUCGAACAACGCUGGAGGGCCAUCUGGAGGACAGAAUGAAGUGAGAUGUGCGCCAAUAGCACAACUAAAUCCAGUUCCCGUUGUCUUACUUGAAGAUGUAAAGAAGCUGCCUGGGGUCAAGCAUGUAAACAAUGCCUGGGUGGAGUGAAUAAAAGAUGAGUGAAGAGCUCCUCUUGGUUGAAUCCACUUGGCCACUUAAAGGACCAUUCCAAGAUGGCCAAGGUGGUGUUAGAUGAGGGAUCAAGCUGACAUUAGCAUAGAAACCAGGAGUACAACUUGAUAAGCACCAACUGCAGAAGGUACUGCAAUCUAAUGCAGUUUAUUUUUUUUUAAAAACAGCAAAUAAUAGCAGAUCAAGCUUUUGUAAUAUUACAUAUCCAUUUUACCAAAUAGCAAAUUUUUGUUUACCAUGUGGCAGCAGAUAAACAUUACACAAAGAAGUCUUUCUGACACGUUUAUUUGGUAGGUUGAGGGUCGACUAGUGCUCAACAGGAAGCAGAUAAAAUUUUAAGUAAAAAAACCAAACAGGUUAAGUUGCUUGCUAAUGUUAGCUAGGUAGCUUGCUAGUGAGACUGAGCGAGGUAGGUAGCUGAGUGGAUGAUUGACGAUGCGUCUACUUUUUAUUAUUCCAUCACUGAAGCUUUGUUAUGG